AUGAAAGUAUAUUCUCAUGUGAAACCUACCAGAAACAUAUCACCACCUCCACCACUUCCACGAGAUCGGCGACCAAAACCAAAAAAACGACCUCAACCAUUAGUAUUAACACGCAUUCCAACACAGAAAACUCCAACACCUGAUGCAUCACCAAAAUCACCGACACUCAAUGAGUCACGGAAACCAUCAAUACACGGCAAGGCAUCACCAAUAUCAUCAGCACGCAGUUCAUCACCAGAAGUUUCAUCAUCAGUUCCUUCUCUCCACAUAGCAAAUAUUGUCACAGAGCCCAACUUAACAUUAAUCGAUAUGGUUCCGACUUCAUUUAACCCUAAUAAACAACCUGAUGAUGAUGAUGAUGAAGAUGAUAUUAUCUAUCCAGAAGGUGUUACUGACUUUCGUCCAUAUAAAACUGUGGCUCGCUAUCGAAAAGCAAUUGGUGAAUCGAUUGAUUUUCGUCUCAAACCACUUCUUGUUGGUGAAGACUCUACAGAAACACUUGUUAUAGGACUCGAAAACUUUGCUCAGGAACAUGAUUGUAACUUGAUUUUUACAGAUGAAGAUCAACGAUUCGAUAAGAGUAUCUAUCGCGCAGCAGCUGGUCUCGUUGAUUUAGGCAGUAUUCAUCUUUUGGCUACUGAUUCUUUGCUUACGGCUAACUUUCAAUUCGAAAUCGAUCUUGAUUUUGAUCAAGUGAUUGUUCAAUCUGAUGACACGGUAGAAAAAUUUGUACAAGACUUUUGUGAAGCCAUUUCCAAAGUACUUUCCUGUGAAAGUGGUAAUGUUCGUGUAUUUUCUAUCAAUAAACUAGCUGAUGAAGAAGGAAAGAGUCAAGUGAAGUUUGGCUUGACUACACCAGAACCAAAAAGAACUGAACAAUUAGCUCAUGAUUUGAAGACUUAUGCUCGUUCUGGCUUUGGAACUGAGACAAUUCUUCAACAUGUUAAACCAGGAGAAUAUGAAUGUUUAUGGAAGUCUGUACUUAGCUAUUUACAAAUACGACCUAGUGAUUUAGAUCCUCGAUUCAACUUCGACUAUCGGAUGCCGGAUGUACCUGAACAAGACACACGUGGAGGUUAUCCCUAUUAUCUUCCACUUGGAUGGUAUCGUCAUGGAUUGAAUGUUCUUCAUAAAUAUGGUAAAGAUACUCUUUGGAUUGGUCAAGUGAAUGCAGAAGGAGAAUGGCCUGUUGCUUUUCAUGGAACACAUUCAGGCGCAGCUAGUAGCAUUGUACAACAUGGUUUAUUGCCAAGUGCUGUCAAGACGGAUGUCAUGAGACAAGAAGCAAUAGAAGAAAUUGGAGAAGAAGCGAAUCAACCAGGACUUUAUAUGGCCACACAUUGUGAAGGUGGAUCAUAUCCUGCAUAUACUACAACCUUCACUGUGACUACAUUUCCUGAUAAGAGUGAACGAUUUAGUCUUGUUUUUCAAUGUCGAGUACGACCUGGCAAGUUUACAACUCAUACAAAACCUGUUAGUGUAGGUGAAGCAUGGCGUAUUGUUGAUCCAACUGCAAUACGACCAUAUGGGAUUUUGGUUAAAAAAGAAGAUCCAAUCAAACCAGAAGAAGAAGAAGAAGAAGAAGAAGAAGAUUAA